AAAUCAACAUCAAUAUCCUGUUCUAGUCCUCUACGUCUGACCACUAGUGUUCCAGUAAUGAUUACAGUCAAUUUUUGAUUCAGCAGAUAUGGUUUCUAAUAUUUUGGCACCAUAUAUUAGUAGUAGUAUAAGAUGCGAUUGACUUGAGUUGAAAUCUAAGUCAGGAGACAAAAUGAGGCCAUCACAAAUGAACUGCGUAAAGUCUCUUGUCGUUGAAGUAAAAGUUCAAGGAAUUGAAAAACGAAAGGACAAAAACUUGGAGUUCGUGCUGAUUGUCAAGUGGUCUAAUGGCGACCAGAAGAUUAUCGCAAGACAGUACAGCAUGUUUUUCGACCUACAGGGUGGCUUGAAGCAAAUCUACAAGGGAAACCCAAGUAUCACAAUCCCUGAACUUCCAGUUCCAAAGUUUCGUGGGGCCAUGCUCUUUUCAUCAUUAGCAAAGAAAGAGAGUAAGGUGAUAGAGGAGUUUUGUCAGCGAAUCAUUCGUCUCCCUUCCUUGGUGUCCGAAUCAGACAUCGUAGAAAGGUUUUUCAGUGAAUGGGGUACAGAUGCAGUCUACCAAGACAGACACAAAAGAGGCUUGCUCGAACGAAACUCUUUGCCUGGGGAACAAACCAAGGAUAACUUAGUCGAGAAGUACAGAACGAUGGCGAGUUACAAGGCCUCAUCGAGUGGAGAGAUGAACUUGGAUGAGAAUGAAGUAUUGACAGUGAUAGAGAAGAAUCAGACAGGUUGGUGGCUGGUUACGAAGGAUAAUGGACAGCAUGGUUUUGCACCUGCAACGUUUCUAGAGCCUUUGGAUCCAAACAGGAAAUCUGAGUGCGAAGAAUGGAUCGAUUAUGACGGUGAUUGUCGUGUGUGGGUGGCCAUUCAAUCCUACAAAGCACAGAGUCAUGAUGAAGUGAGUUACAUUAAAGGAGAGGAGAUGAAGGUUAUCGCCACCAGUAGUUUUGGUUGGUGGAAAGUCAGGUAUCAUGGAAAGAUAGGCGUCACUCCGGCAUCCAACCUGAGACCAAAGCAGGAAAACAAUGAAAUCACCAUUAGCAAUCCCACCUAUAAUACUGCCGCCCAACCAGCGACCAGGAGAGCAUCUUUUACAAGUGUGGGACCCAUCUAUGCCAGUAUGAGAAGACCACCACCGAGAAGGGAUUCAAGCAAAGAAAAGCUUGCACGUGCAGCACUUCCAAAUCCAGACAAUGCGAAAACUCUUGAGUAUGCGGUUGCUCAAGUCGACAGCCCGAGGUCAGGUUUUCCUGCAUCACCAACAGAGGAAAAUUGUGAUGUGUUGUAUUCGACUGUUAUCCCUAAGCACCUGAGACCUCCACCAUCGAAAAGCCCAAAGAGUAGCAAUCCAGAGCGAACAUAUGAAGAAGUCAAAGAAGAUCGUGCCCCAACACUGCCACCAUGCUUCGUAAACAGCUACAAUGAUAGUACUCCACUCACCCCCCAGGAAGAACAAUACUUAGAGCCUGUUGACUCAAAAACACAGUUUCCUGCAGAGGAAACGGCCACAAGUACAGGACCUGUCAAGCAUGGUUACUUGAAUGUGAGCAACGGGUUCAAUUUGUUCAAGGCCGCUGCAGACUACGACGUCCCUCCUGACCGCUAUGAAGACUUGCCCAUAUCAGCAGGAUGUAUAGUCCGCGCAACGAUCAAGGAUGGUUCCUUCUAUUACGUGUCAACCCUUGAUGAACCAUCUCGCCAAGGAUGGGUGCCUGAGCACAUCCUACAACACGUCAAUGGCGUUGGAAGGACGGCCAAUCGCAGGUCACAGUCCGUUGGUGACAUACAAGAGGACAAACCAGACAUGGCUGAGAAGUUGAAAGAACUACACAACAAAACACCGGUCCCUGCUCCACGCCUGGAUAAGAGGCGAUACCAAUCCUUCGAUGCAACUGGGAGCAGCAGUUCUCAAGAAGACAAUCUUGACCUCUAUGAAACAAUUUCAGGAACUGAGUCUCUUAAGCUUUCGGAUUUGGCAAGUUCUGCGCCUUGGUAUUACGGCAAACUGAAGCGACAAACAUGCGAAGAAAUAAUGCUAAAGACGGCAAAUGAGCUGGACUUCCUUGUGAGGGAAAGCAGUCAGAAGUUCGCUUCGUAUGUGCUCUCAGUGAAGUUCUCCCGAAAAAUUCGCCAUUUCCCAAUCGAGACAACUCCAAGUAAGAAAUUUGUGAUUGGGAAACACGCUUUUGACUCGUUGCCAGAGAUCAUCUGCUUCUACACCGAAUACCCUCUGUUUUACACUCAAAACAAGGAACCAGUCUUUCUCAGACAACCCUUUAAACKAUCAUGACAUGUCACGUGAUCGGGGCUUGGUUAUCGAUCGACUCUAAAGAAAACACAAAAGUCCCAAGCUAGGUUUUAGUGAAUGUUUAUAUUAAAUACCAGUUUCAAGAAACAUAGACCUCUUUACUUUGGGCGUAUAGACCAAAUUYAAAACUCGCACCGAUGUGAGGCUUAAGUUGUGAAUAAAGGAAUCUGGCGUGAUUCGUGACUUUUGAAUCACGCCAGAUUCAUUUGAGUCACGCCAGAUCCCUUUGUUCACA